AUGAUAACAACACCAAAUGCAGAAUGCAUUUUAUCAGCUCAAUACAUGAGUUUUUCAGUUUCGAAUCGCGCUUGUUAUUGUAGUGAUGAUAACACAGAUACUUAUCAAUAUUUGCUCACACAAACGUAUCCUUGGUUGUAUCCGACUGUGAACUGUACGCCGAUUAUUCGUACAGCGACUGGAGUCACAAAUUUAACUUGUGUCACUGGUUGUUCAACAGAUGGUGGUUAUGUUACUCAUCCAAUUUCUACUGCAACCGAUUGUAUUUCAUACAAUACAUCAUUGGGCAUGUUAACAAGCGAACAAUCUGUCAAUACUACACUCAAUGAAACUGCAUAUUUUUGGUUAGCCUUUCAAGGUAAAGCUUGGAGGGGCUUGGACAAAUCUGCAGCAUCUAGUUCUCAAUGGUCAAUUGUUUCUUUGAUCGAUCUUCGACAACGUUCUGAUGGUUUGAUUAAUACACCACCUGUAGGACAAGUAACUUCAGCUCAAUACGUCCUCGUCAAUCAAACAGCUCUAAUAAAAAUUCAGGUUUCAGAUGUUAAUGUGAAUGACAACAUACGCUGCCUAUGGGCCUCCAAAAACAGUACUUAUCGGGUCAACGAAUGUGGCGAUGCUUGUGGCAUGGGAAACGCGUCUACUCAGACAAAUUUAUCUGAUUGUACCUUAACAAUUACACCAAAACAACUUGGCGCUUGA